UAUAAAGAAAAGGGGUGGUUUUGAUGCCUUCACAAUACAGGGAUUCAACAAUUGGAAAAAAGUUCAUGAUAGAAAAAAUUGUGCAUUCUUGGUUCAUAUAGGAUCUGAUCCUUGCUCGGAACACAACAACUCAGCUAAGGAAUGCCAAGCUUUGUUGAAUAAUCUGAAUCAUAUAGAUAAUAUUAUGGAGGUAGCAAGUAAUCAAGAGAGGGAAAAAAAUCGUCUACGUUUGAGAACAUCAAUUGCUGUUGUUAAGUGGUUGACCUUUCAAGCUUGUUCUCUUAGAGCUCAUGAUGAGAAACUUGAAUCAAAAAAUAGAGGAAAUUUUAUUGAAUUGAUUAAACUUCUUGCAGAAUUUAAUCCUGAAAUUGCUGCCGUUGUCUUGGAAAAUGCUCCUCAAUGUGCCAAGUACACGUCACCUGAUAUUCAAAAGGAAAUUUUAAGUAUUUUUGCAUUGAAAAUCAGGAAGCAUAUUCGUGAAGAAAUUGGUGAUCAAAAGUUCUCUAUUAUUGUAGAUGAGACAUGUGACAUUUCAAAGCGAGAACAAAUGGCAAUUGUUCUGAGAUUUGUUGAUAUUGAUGGUGUUUUACAAGAAAGAUUCUUUGACUUGGUACAUGUGAGGAACACAAAAGCUCUAACGCUGAAAGCGGAGAUAUGCUAUGUAUUGUCUACCUAUGGUUUUGAUGUGCAGAACCUUCGAGGUCAAGGUUAUGAUGGUGCUAGUAAUAUGAGGGGGGAGUUGAAUGGACUGCAAGCACUUGUUCUUAAAGAAUGCCCUUAUGCUUAUUAUGUCCAUUGCUAUGCACAUCGUUUACAACUUGCUUUGGUUGCUGCAGCAAAGGAUGUUGUUCCUGUUACUCAGUUUUUUCAGAAGUUACUCUUUAUUGUGAACACAGUUGACUCGUCAGCAAAGCGGCAUGAUGAGCUUCAUGAUGCCCAAGUGGUUGAACUUGCACGGUUGUUGGCUGUUGAUGAGCUUGAGACAGGUCAAGGGGCAAAUCAAAUCCGCUCACUAAAACGUCCAGGAGACACUAGGUGGGGUUCACACUUAGGUUCAAUUUCGAGCCUUAUGGACAUGUUUAAUCCAGUAAGUACAGUUUUGCAAAAUUUAGCUGCUGACUCAACAGCUGGUACAAAUCGUGCUGAUGGGGAUACUUCUUUCAACUACAUGAUAUCUUUUGAGUUUGUAUUUAUUCUAUGUCUCAUGAGAGAAAUAUUGGAGAUCACCGAACAACUUGGUCAAGCUCUCCAAAAGAAAUCACAGGACAUAGUAAAUGCUAUCCGUCUUGUGCAAACAACAAAAAUUCUUCUUGAGAAAAUGAGAUCAGAUGAUGGUUGGGAAACUUUUAUUUGCAAGGUUAUGGAGUUCUGUGUGGACCAUGAUAUUGAUAUCCCGAACAUGGAUGAAACAUACAUUUUACGUGGUGGCCGUGCUCGUCGUCAACCUAAUCAUUUUACCACAGAUCAUUUCUUUAGAGUGGAGGUAUUUCGGGCAACACUUGAUACUCAGUUGGCUGAACUAAAUCUGAAGUUUAAUGAGAAGAUCAUUAAAACAAGGCUACGCAACAGAAUGGAAGAUGACUUUCUCGCUAAUAGCAUGCUAGUGAAUAUAGAAGCUGAAAUUCUUGGGGACUACAAUUAUGAAGACAUAAUUCAUGAUUUUAUUGAUGUGAAGAAACGAAAAGUACACUUUUGAAGUUUAUGUACUGCCAACUUAAAGUAAGUUCGAUCUUUUGAACACUCUUUAUGUAUUGCUGAACAAUAGUAAGCUUAAUUAAUAUAGUGAUUGUGGUUCUUGUAGCUCUA